UACACCUGUAAGUGCGCAGAAUGUCAAGCGUGACGUUGCUAAUGUGCACAGGUGUCGGUUGUUGAGGUGGCAGGGCAGAGUAUUCUCACUGUGAGAACUUUGUUCGUUUUUGACGACGACCGAAGCAUGAAAGACGAAGUCAUUUUUGUAAGAAAAGAUCUGGACACUUGCCAAAGUAGGCUGCUGGAAUAAUUAUUUGCGCGCUACGCUAAAUGCGAACGCGAGGCUUUAUCACUCUCACGUCAACUGCUGCUGAGAACGAGAUGAUUUAACUCCGGAUAAUGUCAUAUUGCCCACUGAACUCGCUACCCCAAGUCUUCGCUCUGGCGGUUCAAGGUAGUGCGAAAUUGCUCACAGAUAACGGGGAGACAAUACAUUAAGACAGGAAACAGCGGCUGUGGGUCAAACAGAAGACGCAUGUUGAACUAUGGAGAUGUAUACUCCGAGGAAACUUUGCAUCUUGCUGUCGUUCACAUUUUUCUUGUUUUUUACAGGUGUGUUGGCCCAGAUCCAGAUGCCGCAGAGGACCAUGGAAGUGAUCGAGGGUCAGAAAGUGGUGCUGCAGGCCUGGUACAGCCCCAGCUCCAUCACUGGCAAGAACACCGUUCUCUGGAACUUUGUGGCCAAUAACACCCAACUGAUCAUCUCGUACACCCCAGACUCGAUCAGUUUUGGCAGCCCCCAGUUCGGGGAGCGUGUGGGCUUCACGGCCACCAUGCCCUCGGCCAACCUGUCCCUGUACAUCAACAACACGCAAGAGUCGGACUCAGGACGCUACCUCUGCCAGGUCAUCAUCCCCGGGGCCCAGGGCCUGACUGGUGAACUUAGCCUCAACGUCAAUGUCCCUCCUGCUGUCCCAGAGUGCUCUCUGUCAGGGAAGCCAGUUCUGAAGGGCAACGUCACACUGAGCUGCAAGUCCAAGUCAGGAAAGCCCAUCCCAAUGUAUAAGUGGAAGAAGACCAGCCCCCCGUCCGAGGUCUUCUUCUCGCCCAUGCUCAAUGAAAAAACGGGCACGCUGAAGCUGAGCAACUUGAGCAGCAGCAUGUCGGGGAAGUACGUUUGUACAGCCAGCAACACAGCUGGCAAUGACAGCUGCUACAUCAACCUGGAGGUCAUUACCUCAACUAACGCAGGGAUGAUUGCUGGAGCCACGGUGGGCUCUGUGUUGGUCUUCAUAUUCAUCAUCCUCUUCCUCAUCUACCUUCUGAGGCGAAAGAGAGACUAUGAAGAGGACCGGGCCAACGACAUCAAGGAGGACGCUCAGGCGCCCAAGCGCAUCUCGUGGGCCAAGAGCGCCGGCUCAGGAUCGGACGUGGUCUCCAAGAAUGGCACACUCUCCUCCAUCACCACCACUGCCAACAGGCCCCACCAGAGGGAGCCCUCGUCCCACCACCAGCACAACCACCACCUCCAGCAUUAUCCCCAACGCCCUCCCUCUGACACAGCCUCCAUCAUCACAGCCACAGGCAGCGUCUCUGGCUACUGCGCUGGACCACGCCAUGGAUCCUCCAUCAAAGGCCACGCCGUGCCGGAUUACGGCUACAACGUGGCUACACCCCUGCCCCGAGGUCAACCGGCUAAUUCUGCAGCAUCCAGUGCCAACGGUAGCCCCAUGCCAAGAACCAAGCACCCACAGUCCUAUAUCCAGCCCCAGGCAGCACCUGCUUCCCCACGCCCACCACCUCUGCCCACCAUUGUGACUGCGUCCAACAUCUCCCGCAUGGGAGGUGUGCCCAUCAUGGUGCCAGCUCAGAACCAGGCUGGUUCGCUGGUGUAACACCAGUCUGCUAUGGUGCAUUGUACCUUUACCCUUCAACGCUGUACUUACUCACAUAGAUUUUCAAAAGGAAAAUAUUCAACUGCCACUAAGAUAUGUCUAACUCGAGCAUUAAAGCUUGAAUUGGCCUUCGAGAAGCUGGGGCAUUUGACCCGGUCAAAAUGCAGUGAGAUCAUUAGUAAGACCUUAAAAGAGAUGGACUGUGUUGCUACAUAAGGCAGUUUUAUUUAAUUAAGUAUAUGGAAGUACUUUUAUUUUUUUUUACACUUUUUAUACUCAGUUUGUAUGCGAAGGAUGCAUAGAUCUGGAUUUCAUACAUUUGUGCAGUAUCUUUUUUUAAAUUAUUGUUGUACUAUCAAUCAAUGUAUUUUUUACAAAGUUUUCCAAUGCAACUUUUUUCGAGAUUGUAUUUACUCGAUCUACCACGUCCUAUGAAGGCCAUUCUAUGACAUCACUUUAAAAAUGGGGACAAGAUGUCAUGAUACCCACUGGUCAAUGCGUGUGUCUUGCCUGUGUAUUACAGCAAGAACAGUCAAUGUGUGGAUCCCACUGAUGUUUUACUUUAUGCAUUUCGUGUAGAUUUUAUCGAUAUGACAACUGUAGAUUAGGACCAAAUAAAAUACAUAUAUGUUUAAUUGUCACAUAAACGGAUAGGUGCAGUGAAAUGUGUUUUACAGGGUCAGCAAUAGUAGUACGGCACCCCUGGAGCAAAUUAGGGUAAUGUGCCUUGCUCAAGGGCACAUUGACAGAUGUUCACCUUGUUGGCUGGGGUAUUCGAACGCUCUAAGCGCUAGGUUACCUGCCGCCCUGUGCUUCAAACCAAAUUUGCAUAUAUUAUUAUUUAUAUUCUCAAAUAUGGUGGACUACUGCUGAAUACCUGUCUAGCCACAUGCAAUUAAGAAAGAAGAAAAGACUGGGCAUACUAGAAUGACAUUUUCUGCAACAUUUUCUAAAUCCUAGGUAACCGUUACCUUUUCAUGUACCUUGUAUAAAACUUCAUGCCGACGCUCUUUAGACACAGCGCUUAAAACAUGACUAUUUUACCGCAUAGGAAUAGCUUAUAGUAUAAAAUACAAUUUGACACCUUUUGUCAAUUACAUUUGAAUUUAUCGACUAAGAUAUAUAACCACUAUGGUUCCACCAUUGAGUUGUAAUGAUUUUUGGUUGCUCUCCACAAGGAAAUUGUAAAUAAGAUAUUUACUAUUUUUAUUUCGAUUGUACUUGAGGCUAUUCGUUGAAUCGUAUGUGACGGACUGGAUACAAAACCAAAGAUGUUUCAACUUGUCAACAUCCCAAACUGAUGACCAAUAUAUUAAUGGAUAUAGGCCCAAAAGGUGUCACAUAAUGAGUCUAAGAUGAGGCACUUGUGUUUCAUACGAGACAUAAAAAAUUACAAAGUGAUUUUGGCUAUGUCACUGAUCAAACUACCCUUGAGUCAAUCUGGACUUCUUUGAAAGCAUUUACUUUGGCAAAACUCUGUCCAAUUUUUACCCUUAGUCUUGAUUGCUCUAUUCAGACAUGUCUGUGUGUAGCAAGGUAAUGGUGUUCUGCUAGGUUAUGAACAAGAUACUUGUAGCACACCCAAGAAACAAAGUGUGGCACACAAGACUACCCAUUAUAUAUGAAGUGGAGGUUUGUGUCCCUUUAAAUCUGAGGACUGGUUCAUAUUAAUGGUUUGUGUCCCUUUAAAUCUGAGGACUGGUUCAUAUUAAUGGUUUGUGUCCCUUUAAAUCUGAGGACUGGUUCAUAUUAAUGGUUUGUGUCCCUUUAAAUCUGAGGACUGGUUCAUAUUAAUGGUUUGUGUCCCUUUAAAUCUGAGGACUGGUUCAUAUUAAUGGUUUGUGUCCCUUUAAAUCUGAGGACUGGUUCAUAUUAAUGGUUUGUGUCCCUUUAAAUCUGAGGACUGGUUCAUAUUAAUGGUUUGUGUCCCUUUAAAUCUGAGGACUGGUUCAUAUUAAUGGUUUGUGUCCCUUUAAAUCUGAGGACUGGUUCAUAUUAAUGGUUUGUGUCCCUUUAAAUCUGAGGACUGGUUCAUAUUAAUGGUUUGUGUCCCUUUUAAAACUGAGGACUGGUUCAUAUUAAUGGCUGGAGUUGAAUAGAACAGCUUAAAUGAAGCAUAUGGUUUUCCUUCUAAGCCUAUCCUCAACUUCUAUAUCACUGGAGAAUAGCUAUUGCCAGUACACUGGAGCAGAGAGACACUGUUGGAGCUAGGAACACAAGCAUUUCUCUACACCUGCAAUAACAUCUGAUAAACAUGUGUAUGCGACCAAUAAAAUGUUAUUUGAUUUGAUGAAAGAAAUGUAUGUGCACAGAAAAAAUAAAAUAAAAUAUGCGCACAGACCAUUUUUGCUGUGUGGGAGACUAGCUCAGACUCUAAAUAACAUAGUUUGUGACAUGCUUGUAUGUGUAGUGGUAUUCAAUGGCAAAUGCUUUUGCUGUUUUAAAGAUGGAAAAAUAUGAAACAAUAUUCAAGACUGGCCUUUUGUGAUACUGUAAUGUAUAUGCAUUAUGUAACAGGGAUAGAAUUACAAAACAGGAACACAAAAUGAUAACAUUGAAUAUCACGGAACAUUAAUAAAUACUAGUAAUCGAUUAGUUCUAACUGAUAAUGUAAGAAGACACACUGAUGGCUGCUGUGCUAAUGUAUGUAUUUAUGUUCAAACAUAGACCACUAUGUCGAGUGUUUAAGUUUCUUCAACUUGUAUGUAUAUUGAAAAUACUCUAUCAAUAUUUUUAAUAAAACGAUGAAUGGUUAUAAA